AUGCACCCUGGGUCCCCUGUAGUCCCUGAGGUCUUCGAGCCUGGGCCCCGAGAGCUGUGUGCCUUUGUGAGCGGGGCUUCGGCCCACAUGCUGAGAGCCCUGCAGCCCAGGCGUACCCGGCCCCCCAAGCGCAGGCCCAAUCACCGGAGGUUUCUACACAACCAGAUCUGCAGGCAGUUUGCCAAGAUUGAAGCUGCCACCCAGCACCUGGCCCUGUCCAUCCUGUCUCAAAAACCACCUGCCCGGAGACCACCACCCCGAAGGCCACCUCCACCAGCGCCUCCAUCCCCCUUCGUGGGGGUGGCAUGUGCUGAGGCCCCCAUGGAAGUGCCUCAGGACAGCCCCAGCCCGAGCCUAGCUGCCCUGGACGCCUCGACCCUUGACCUAUUUGAUGACAUUCUGCUUACUCCUACAUCUCCCUUGGUGACUCCUGACAGCUUCUGCCAGACUCUCACUGCUGGUAGUCCCCAGGUGACAUCUGAUUUCAUCUCUCACACUCUGGGCCCAGGAGACCAGAGACAACCAAGCCUGAUACAGGCUCCAAGGUUCUCCAGUCCUCUGCUCCCUCCCCAGAAUGCCCAUGGGGGAAGCCAGCCUGCAGCUCCAGGCUGGGGUUGGGUGGAAAGUUGGGAGGCACCUGGUGCCUGGGAUCCUCAGGGAAUCCUAGAUGGCUGGGGAACACUUUGA